CGAAGAAUUAAAACAAAAAAGCGACACCUGGCUGAAGGAAUUUGUUAUUUUGCUCGGGAAAGAAUCCCCAAGCGUCAUAAAGGUAUCAUAUUCUACAUCCAAGUCAAGGCAGUGGGAAUUCGACAGAGUUCCAAGUGCUAUUGUUCCCCUGUUUUCCGCCACAUUUACAAUCACUAUGUUGUUUGCAAUAGUUUCCUGCUCAAGGUUGGACAAUGUGAGGAAUAAGUUGUGGGUGGCCACCAUUGGAGUCUUUUCAACAGGAUUAGCAGUCCUCUUCAGCUUUGGGAUGUUGCUGCUCUUUAAUGUGACAUUUUUCAUGACAGUGUCUACCACACCGUUCUUGGUACUAGGUAUCGGAAUCAACGACAUGUUUAUCAUGAUCUCCUGCUGGCAGAAGACCAAAGUUUGUGACGACGUGGCGGAUCGUCUGGCAGACACCUACGAGAAGGCCAUCAUCUCCAUGUCCAUCACCACACUCACCGACAUCCUGGCGCUCUACCUGGGCUACAGCUCGCCCUUUCUCUCAAUUCAGAAUUUCUGCAUUUAUUCCGGGACAACGAUCCUUUUAUCUUUUGUCUACAACAUCGUAUUCCUCGGUGCGUUCUUUGCACUGAAUGGCCGGAGGGAAGCCAAUAACCGGCACUGGUUCACCUGUGCGAAAAUCCCAGAGCAGCGUCCCCCGACACAGUCGCAAUGGUAUGGAGUCUUCUGUGUGGGAGGGGCCUACAAUCAUGAUACCGGGACAGAGGAGGAGCUACCAAUGAGUACCUUCUUUCUGAAGAUUUACGGGCCGUUUCUGACCCUGAAGUGGACCAAAGCGUUUGUUGUGGUUCUCUACGCCGUGUAUUUUGGGCUCAGUGUUUACGGGUGUUUUAUACUGACGGAGGAUUUUGACUUAAGACGGUAA